UCUCUCUGUCAAAAAUCAACAUUAAAAAAUUAAAAAAAAAAAUAAAUUACCAAUACUUGAAUAUGUGUUCCUUGUUAAAACAAAAAAAUUCAAAUUCUCGCGAAACUAAAAAUACCUCCUGGAUCUCCCAUUGCAGUUCCCUCCCUGAUGUGUGUAUCCUCCCAUAUCUUUUUGUAUGUAUUUGGUAAUUCUCUAUGGAUUUGGAAGAUGACAGAAUCCAGAGAUGUGAAUUUUUUUUUCUCUUUUGACACCUGGCUUACUUAACGUUUGUAACAUUAAGAUCUCUUGCAGAAAAAAAAGGGGGGCCUAUAAAUAGCAUUACAUAUUCCUGUUCAAGAAAAACAGUGAGUGUGUGUGCAGAUAUCACACACACACACACACACACACACACACACACACACACACUUAAUCUCUCCUGUGACCACCCAUAAAAUGUACCUUUAGGUGAGGAAUAACUUGUCUGAGUUUUAACAUAAUGCAUUAAGAGAACUUAAUAAGCACAAAGCCACAAUUAUUUUUCUUAUUUCUCGUUUUCAUAUAACCUCCUAGUUUUCAUAUAACCUCAUAAAACUUCAAGUGCCUGAAGCCAUUUGUUCAGAUUUAGCAUCUUUUGAAAGCCCUAAAUCAGUGUAAUCCUCAGCCUUUCCAGUCUAAAAGAAGGAACUGGGGUGGGUAUGUAUGGUUAUAUUUUGGGGAAACUGAUUGGAACUGUACAGAAUCCCAAACCGGGAAAUGAUAAUCUGCCAUAUUUCUCUUCACCUGCUAAUAGUGUUUAUUUUAGCAGAAUUAGGAGAUUCUCAUGCUUCUGGCCCCCGUGUUGCUGUUUAUAUAAUUUAUAUUUACUUCCUGGGUAUAGUACCAUCUGAAUUUUCUCUUCCUUUUUUACAGUUACUAAUAUAGAAUGAGCCAGAAGCCUCUAACAAUAAUGUUUUUUCCAAAAGAGGUUUCAUAUUUGUCCAUUACUGUACGAACCUUGAGAGUUGCUCCAUACCAGAAUGUUGUUUAUCAUCAACUACAGAAAUAUUUCUUAAAAUGUGGUCCAUGAGAUAAUGGUUGUCAGCUGCUGUAAAACGCUUUUAUCAUUUGAAAAGAACUAAUUAACACAUACUGUAGGAAAAUUUCUUUUAAACAGCCAUUUUCUGAAAAAGAAAAUGCUGAAAGGGAGGAAAUAAAAGAGAGAACAUUUUAUAAAACCUUAUAAAGCCCAGUGUGGCUAUCCUACUGGAAUAAUGUAAUUAAGGGGAAUUAAGCAAGUUGGAUAAAUAACUUUUUUUUUCUUUAACUAGACCCUUGAAAAGGAAUAGAAUUAAGUAGCAUAGUUAUUAAACCCAAAAUCUGACGGUCUGCACAUACAUUUUAAUUAACCUAAUAACAUUUACUGAAUGACAGGCUGGGCUGGUAGUUAUAUCCAGAGUUCAUAGCAUGUGGGAUCUGCCUUGAAGGAUGGACAAGGCUUGGAAUGGGAGCCUUGAAUGCCCAUGCUAAGGAAGAGCUGGUAGCCGUGGGAAAUUUUGAGCAGACAACAGAAGGAUCUGAUACGAAAUCUCGUUUCUUUCUUAUCAAAUGAGAAAACACAGAAAGCAAGGGCUUAAUCUUUUGUUUUCUUGGUAUAGCACCAAAGCCUGUUCUAGCUGGUCAGGGCAAAUUCAAUAAUAAUUAAUAGCUGUUGAUGAACCAGUCAUUCUAGAAUUGAUUAUUUAAUAAGCUGGCCAAUAAAUGAGAAUCGACCUAGAUUUAGGGAUUUUUAAAUGUAAGUAGUAAUACAGUUUUCACACACUGCUGUAUUCCUUAAGCAUCUGGUAGGUGUGAUGGUGGAUAAUGUAGCUUAAGCUGUGUGUGGCAGCUGAUUAAACAAAAAAGCCUUCAGUUAUUUCUGUCUUAAUUUGAGAUUUUGAAUUGCCUAAGGAAAUAGAAAGGUCAGAGAAGGCCUAGUAGGGAAAAAGAAGAGUGAGCCUGGUCGUAGCUGACAAAUUCACUCUGAUGAUUUGACCAGCUAAGGAUGACUGGGCAAGUUCCGGAGUCCUCUGACCCAGAUGUUCUAAUUUGUAAAUGCAAAGUGACUUCUUUAUCAGCCACUCUGGAGAAAUCUUCAGGGUUGUGAACCUGCUACCUUCUGUUAUCUUGCUGCCCUGAGCCCCGGGCUGUUCUCAAAUGAAACUUUGGAAAGUGACCACUGGAGCCUCCCAGAUUUUAUCAUGUGGGCAACCUGCUGCAACUGGUUCUGCCUGGAUGGACAGCCUGAGGAGGUCCCCCCGCCCCAGGGAGCCAGGACGCAGGCCUAUUCCAACCCUGGGUACAGCUCCUUCCCCUCCCCCACGGGCUCGGAACCAAGCUGCAAGGCUUGCGGGGCCCACUUCGCGAACAUGGCCAGGAAGCAGCAGACCUGCCUGGACUGCAAGAAGAAUUUCUGCCUGAGCUGUUCGAGCCAGGUGGGAAACGGGCCCCGCCUCUGCCUUCUGUGCCAGCGGUUCCGAGCCACAGCCUUUCGGCGGGAGGAGCUCAUGAAGAUGAAGGUGAAGGACCUCAGGGACUAUCUCAGCCUCCAUGACACCUCCACCGAAAUGUGCCGGGAGAAAGAGGAGCUGGUGUUCUUGGUGCUUGGCCAGCAGCCCGUAAUCUCCCAGGAGGGCAGGACUCACGCGCCCACCUCGUCCGCGGAUGUCCCCGAGCAGCAGGCCUUCCUGACCCAGCCUCGCGCCAGCACGGUACCUCCUACCUCGCCUCACCUCGCCUCUUCGUCCGCACAGGCCACCUCUGUUCCCCCAGCCCAGGCUCAGGAAACCCAGCAGGCCAAUGGCCAUGUGUCUCAGGACCAAGAGGAACCCGUCUACCCGGAGAGCACAGCCAGAGCACCUGCUGAGGAUGAGACCCAGUCUGUCGACUCAGAGGACGGCUUCGUCCCAGGCCGGAGGGCCUCUCUGUCUGACCUGACCGACCUGGAGGACAUUGAAGGUCUGACCGUGCGGCAGCUGAAGGAGAUCCUGGCGCGCAACUUCGUCAACUACAAGGGCUGCUGUGAGAAGUGGGAGCUGAUGGAGAGGGUGACGCGGCUGUACAAGGACCAGAAGGGCCUCCAGCACCUGGUGUGUGGUGCUGAAGACCAGAACGGGGGAGCGGCACCGUCCAGCGUGGAGGAGAACCUGUGUAGGAUCUGCAUGGACUCGCCCAUCGACUGUGUCCUGCUGGAGUGCGGCCACAUGGUGACCUGCACCAAGUGUGGCAAGCGCAUGAACGAGUGUCCCAUCUGCCGGCAGUACGUGAUCCGAGCCGUGCACGUCUUCCGAUCGUGAGGGCUUGCACCGGCUUCUUCAGUGCCUUAUGGGGACGUAGCUUGAGGUGUCUGGGCUCCAGACUGGGCAGCUCACAGAGGGGCAGGCUACCAAGAAAAUCUGCAGUGCUCAUGAGACCGGGGCAAGCAAGGAUGCUGUCACCUCUGGGCAUGCCUGUCCUGCCGCGGAGGCCCACCUCUUGGCUGGCAGCGCCGGAGGCCGGUGGAAACCGGAACAGACUGCACAGGCAAGUCCCUGUCUCAGUGAUCUUGGGGUAAUGAUGGCACCUGAUGAAGAGAGGACUUGCCAGAACUUGGACCGCAUCUUCCUCCUUUCAUCCGAAAGCCUAACAGUUUCACCCUUGUGUACCCCACCCGUCCUUCUGAGCUCCUUGCCUCUGGCCUUCACUGGUCAGAAGUCCUGGUAGAAAUGGUUCUCUUCCUCCCCAGCACAUUUGGAUUUAUUUCUGCUCUGGCUUUCUGUGCUUUAACCUACCUUUGCUAACGUCUCUGGCUACAUUGCCUAAAAUCCAUUUGUUUCUUCAGACCAAAAAGAUGUUAGCUUAUCAGACCGAGAGUGAUCCUCCUUGGGACUGAAUUUGGACCGGUAAACUUAGCUCUGGUGAGGAACAAAACUCAACUGCUACUGAAAAAUUUCAAAGUCAUGAAGAGUUGCUUCCUUAAGUGCUGGGACUGGAAGCGAUGAGUCUCCUGACCCCAACCCCGGCUCCCAAACUGCUGGGAAGUUCGAGUCCGUUUGCGUGAGAUGGCUCACACAGCCUCUCUGCUUCUCUAGGGCCCGCACGCCAUCCCUGUUAGUUUGAGAGAAGAGAAAGUGUUGGGUGGAGGCAGGGGCUUUCUGCUUAACUUUGACUUCUCCAGCAGACAGGAAUAGCAAACCACUUUCCUCUGAGAAUGAAGUCCCACUCUUUUCCAUGGUCUCACUGAAGGCAGAGAGCCUUGCUCUCCUCUAGCCACACUUCUCCUGAAGUUCCUGGAGACCAAACCUCAACACCCGAGGGGUAUCUGAAGUUACCGAAUGAGACUGGAGUCAGCUGUUGAGCAGACAGCUGCAAGUCUUACUUCCCCAGGUUGGUGGGGACUCUCUACUCCCAUUUCCUUUCUCAGAACACUGACUUGAGGGCAGGUCAGGAAGAAGCAUUCUCAAGGUCCUUUAGAAAGACCAUACAUUGAGCUAGAGGAUUCUUGAGCCCUUUUAGGGUUGUUCUACCACUGGAAGAGCCAAAGGGCUUAGGUUUGCUGGAGAAGCUUAGUCAAGAACCCACACACAUGCUAUCGAAGAGCCUUGUGUGCGGCCAUCACCAAUGGAUGAACUACACAAACCCUAGACACCCGAGGGCCUUGGCAGACCACCGCCCCCACCCUACUCCCCUGCCGAACAGUCAAGUUCUCUCAGACUGGAACCUAGCAUGACUUUGGAAGACAGUGGGAAACUCCAAGGGGACCUGUUUAUCGGUACAGAUGUGCUUAGGCUUUCCCCCAUCAUCAACCACUAUUCCCCUUCAGAGGAGUGAAAUGAUUGCAUAAGGUGGUUGCCAGUUGAACCACUGGGCCACUUACCUGGACAUUACACCAAGCCCUGGAUGACUGGAUUCUGGGACUCAGCCUUUGUCGGAAUUGGGGGAAUCAAGAGGUCAGUGAGAGAACCUUUGACCUUUCUGCUGGACAGUAAAUAUUAUGGUUUACAAUGCGUACCAGUUUGGCAGAGAAUUCCACCACUUCUCGAUUCCACUGUGAAACAGGUCUAUAUUUAUGCAACUCAGUUAAGAUCUAGCAAUAACUUCAGGGCAGAUGCUGGCUCUCUCCCUAAAACUUGCUUUCACUGCUGAGGCCUUCCCUCUCCCCACCUCCCACAGUCCCUCUCCUAGACAGAAGUUACGAAUAAUAUCCUGAAGGUUAGUAACCUCAGUAAGAAUUAUAACUGGUAUCGUUUCAUUCUGGAGAAAGAACUUGCCUUGGAGUCUUUUGAUCUAUUUUUGACGAAGGUUUUCAUUCAGGAAAAAUGGUGUCAAGCCACCCCGAUUUGUCGUCAUCCAUCAUUAUCAUACCAAAUAAAGGCUGGGAAUUCAAGAUCCCAUUUCAGUUACUAUCUAAUCUAGGUAGAAAACCUGAUUUUUCUGAGUAACCACCGCCCCCUGCCCCCGCCCCCACCCCUCAUGGAUCCUUGGGUCUUAAUUAUCAUGAAAACCUCUAAUUCUUCCAGUUAUUCCAUGGCUUUUGCUGUGAUUGUUCUGAGAUUUCAUUUGAGACUUGUUUCAAGACUUAGGAGAGCUGACUGGUUCAUAAUAUAUUGGAAUAGUUGGAUCCAAGCUAGUAAGAAUAAGCUGUACAGGAAUUCAUGCACAAUAUAUAUUGUAUAAAUUGGUUGAAAUCUUGGGGACGUGAAUGUGUUACUUCAAGUGGCUUAUAUUAAGAGUCUUCAGAAUUACUUGGGUGUUAAAGCAAACCCAAAUGUGUAUUUUUUGUUACAGAGCUCUGCUUUAUAAUUUUGUAAUAAAAUUUCACUAUAGAA